AAAGACCACAGUCAGACGGCACGGAUCAUUUGCACUCGUCACGACUCCGGAGCGCCGUUCUUUCCCUUCUCAUGGAUCUGAUCUCCUGCGAUCGGGCGAUGAUACCUGUGGGUUUUGGUGGUGCUGUGUCAGACCUGGUCUCCGUGUCCUCAAAUACCACGGAAAGCCAGUCAUCUGGGAUUGCCAUGGCAACCAGGACCCUCUUGUUGCUUGUUUGUCUGCUGCUGGUUGCCUGGAGUCACACAGACAAGAAAACGAUCCCAGGACCUUCCUUCUGCCUGGGUCUGGGCCCACUGCUGUCCUAUCUGAGGUUCAUCUGGACCGGGAUCGGAACAGCCAGUAACUACUACAACAAGAAGUAUGGAGACAUCGUGAGAGUGUGGAUCGAUGGAGAGGAGACCCUGAUCCUCAGCAGGGCCUCGGCCGUUCAUCACGUCCUCAGGAAUGGAAAGUAUACGUCCCGUUUUGGGAGCAAGCAGGGACUCAGCUGCCUGGGCAUGAACGAGAGGGGCAUCAUAUUCAACAACAACGUGACUCUGUGGAGGAAGAUCCGCACAUAUUUUGCCAAAGCGCUGACGGGUCCAAACCUGCAGCAGACCGUGGAGGUUUGUGUCUCGUCCACGCAGUUCCACCUGGAUGAGCUGGACAGUUUGUCUCACGUGGAUGUCCUCAGUUUGCUGCGCUGCACCGUGGUGGACAUCUCCAACAGGCUCUUCCUGGACGUGCCCCUCAACGAGAAGGAGCUGCUGCUGAAGAUCCAGAAGUACUUUGACACGUGGCAGAGCGUGCUGAUCAAACCUGACAUCUACUUCAGGUUCGGCUGGAUUCAGCAGAAGCACCAAGCCGCAGCCCAGGAGCUCCAAGACGCCAUCGAGGGUCUGGUGGAGCAGAAGAGGAGACACAUGGAGCAGGCAGACAAACUGGACAACAUCAACUUUGCAGCAAAUCUCAUUUUUGCACAAAACCACGGCGAGCUGUCUGCUGACAACGUGAGGCAGUGCGUGCUGGAGAUGGUGAUUGCGGCACCGGACACGCUCUCCAUCAGCCUCUUCUUCAUGCUGCUGCUCCUCAAACAGAACCCCGACGUGGAGCUGCAGCUGCUGCAGGAGAUCGACUCGGUUGUAGGAGACCGACAGCUGCAGAACGAAGAUCUCCUGAAGCUGCAGGUUCUGGAGAGUUUCAUCAACGAAUGCCUGCGCUUCCACCCGGUGGUGGACUUCACCAUGCGCCGGGCCCUUUCUGAUGACAUCAUAGACGGAUACAGGGUACCAAAGGGCACCAACAUCAUCCUGAACACGGGCCGGAUGCACCGGACCGAGUUCUUCCACCGAGCAGACGAGUUCAGUCUGGAGAACUUCCAGAGAAACGCCCCUCGCCGUUACUUCCAGCCGUUUGGUUCGGGGCCCCGGGCCUGCGUUGGCAAACACAUCGCUAUGGUGAUGAUGAAGUCCAUCUUGGUGACUCUGCUCCGUCAGUACUCCGUGUGCCCCCACCAGGACCUGAGCCUGGACCACCUCCCCCAGACCAACAACCUGUCCCAGCAGCCCGUGGAGCCCCACGAGGGGGCCGAGAGCCUCAGCAUGAGCUUUUUACCCCGACUCAGAGGAAAGAGGCUUCAGGACCUGUAA